CUGUGCUUUAUUGAAAGUUCCCAUCGCGGGGGCGAGGAUACUUGCCUUCGCGGUUCGACUUUCUUUUCAGGCUUGACUCAUUAUUUUCCUAGGUAUAGGUCCUCUCCUCCACUUUAGAGCUCUUUAUGAUGCCCGCUGAGUACCCGUACGACAGCUCUAAUAAUGAGCUAACGUACUCAUCUUUAGAGUGGUUUGUGCGCAGGCUCGAGAAGUUGCUGCCCGCUUCAGAAGACCUUAGGGUGCCUUCGAUUCCUGGACGACUUUGUUCGUCGUGUACAGGGGACGGGAAGAGACGGCUGUUCGCUGUAGCAAAAUUCAACGAACCGACGGGCGUCCCGGACAUAGCCUUCAACCCGCAAAGUCGAAACUUCCUCCUAGUGAGGUGUUCGCCUAUCCAGGUAUGGAAGUAUUCAAUGAAUACACUCUGUACCAUGCAUGGGUGGAUGAAGCUUUAUCUGGAGUAUCAAAGAUGGAAUUGUAUGCUAAGGCUUAGUGCCAGUAUAGAGCUUGAAGUCUUUAUGGAUGUGCCGAUCUUUAUCCGUACAUAUUACCGACCUGCGAACAUGGAUGAUUCGUUCAGUAUUGGAAAUGAACGGAGAAGUGGUGGAACGUGCGGAACCACAUAUUGGAUCACUCCAGUGCGGCACGAAGCCGCUGACGCCGAGUCGGCUCCUAUGCCGCUAGCUAUGCCCUGCUUGGUCCCCCGGCACGGUGGAGGUUCCGUAGCGGGUCAUGAGCACCGGGCUAAGGGGCGAAGUCACUCGACUGAAAGAAAAGAGAGGGGCGCGUCGAGGGGCUUUAGGAACUCGACUGAAAGGAGAGGAGAGAAAUUCCCAUACAGCCAGCGGGGAGGAUGGCACUACAGGCAAAGACCGUCUGGCGAAAACGCCGCAGGCGCGAAGCGUGGUAGGCCUGCGCCGGGUGAGCAUAGGGGGGAAAGGGAUCCCGGACGGUGGAAGAGCCAGGGGAGGCCGGGUCAUUUGACGGAAAUGGAAGGCUUUUACCCUUUUAUAGAAAGCCCUAUGAAGUUAAGGGAAGUGAAUGAAUUCUUGGAAAAAGAAGGAGCGAGCCUAUAUAUAAAAUCGAGUGCACCGGAAAAGAACGGGAACUGGGUCGAUCUAUUGCGAAGCAUCCGAAGCAUAACUGCACACUCACACGAUCUUUGCCGAGAGAUAGGAGCAUUCGGUGGAACCGGUGAACUACACUUGCUUCUGGAUAGAUGUGUGGGACAGAGGGCUCGUGGUACCUUCUGCCCACCCUUCCUCCUCUGCUUUGAGAACUGUGUGAACGGAGAGUGGGCAGAAGGGAAGGAGCGGGAGAAAUUGUUGGAAUUCUAUGAAAGAGUCUCGGGAGCCAGGAUGCAUGCCAGUUUCAUACGACCAGGUGGAGUGGCACAAGAUCUGCCUCUUGGCUUAUGUCGAGAUAUUGAUUCCUUCACACAACAAUUUGCUUCUCGUAUCGAUGAAUUAGAAGAGAUGUCAACCGGCAACCGUAUCUGGAAACAACGAUUAGUGGAUAUUGGUACUGUCACUGCACAGCAAGCAAAGGAUUGGGGAUUCAGUGGUGUAAUGUUAAGAGGGGUAUGCUGGGAUUCGCGAAGAGCAGCACCUUACGAUGUUCAUGACCAAUCGGAUCUUGACGUACCAGUAGGUACCAGAGGAGAUCGCUAUGAUCGUUACUGUAUCCGUAUCGAAGAGAUGCGACAAAGUCUUCGGAUCAUUGUGCAAUGUCUUAAUCAAAUGCCUAGCGGCAUGAUCAAAGCCGAUGAUCGUAAGCUAUGUCCUCCAUCACGAUGUCGAAUGAAACUAUCCAUGGAAUCCGCUUCGCUUCCGGUUCUUCGGAAGAAUCAACUUACUUCUACCUUCUUCAUUGAUCUGGGGGAAAAGGAACCGUCUACCAGUUGGGAAGCUAGACAUCAAGUAAGUGGCUUGAUGAGGAUAACUAAGCUGACACGCCGGAGUUGGCUGCUGGCACAACAGGGUGGUGCCUUACCGCACCGCAGGCGAACGCGCGGUAGCGUUCGUGGUGGUGCUUCAGGAUUCCAAUGUACUGCGUCCAAGAUCAGAACGAGCUUGCCGGCGGACCACUGCCGUCCCAUUCUUGAGUUGGGUUGUUGGAUACGGGAUCCUCGUAGUAGGCUGGACCAACAUCCAGCCGAGAGAGGGCAGCCUCUAGAAGCAACAGAAGGUUUUUCCGUACCAGCUUCUUCUACCUAUACCGCAGUUGAAGCACCUAAAGGAGAAUUUGGUGUCUUUCUGGUCAGUAAUGGAAGCAAUCGUCCCUACCGUCGUAAAAUAAGAGCACCCGGCUCUGCCCAUUCACAAGGACUCGAUUCUAUGUCCAAACAUCACAUGCCAGCAGAUGUGGUCACCAUCAUAGCAGAGAUGAAUAGGGUGGCUGUGAAGAGGGUGAUGGUUGAUCCUGACUCCACAGUCAAUCUCAUACCUAUGUCCACUAGGCAUUCCAAAAGAAAAGAUUGGAGGAGCACUUCUCGAGGCGAAGGUCAUAAUUCGCAGUUUCCUACAGGUACUGGGACGGAAACAUCAUAUUCCCGAAAAAAAUGCGGGACUUCGGUAGCGAGGAGGGCCCUCACAGCAAAGCCCAUUGCCAAGGCCAGACCCCCAGCCGAUCUUGAUGAUCAAGAAAGAAAUAUGGCUCGACUCCCUACUAGUCCUUCUGUGUGUAGAACAUUGGCCAGCUCCAUCUACCAAUGGGUGCACCUGACUGUCUCCAGUUCAGUUAGAACAGAAGGCCGCCAGCUUACAUAGUAUAUAAUUGUGGCGGGGGGAGCUGACUGUUGCCUCCCUAGUUGACAAAUGAGCCAAAUAGAAUUUCAUCCUAUGU